UUCUAAAUCCCCAAAUCCGAUUUAGGGUUUAACGGCUGACAAAAAGCUUCUAAUUCGUCUCGACAAUGGUGGAGAACGGAGUCGAUUCGCAUUUGGAGGACGAGGAAAAUGGAAAGGAUUACGGUGUAUUGUUGUACUACAAAUACGCUGAAAUUCCUCAUCUCCAAAAUCUCUUCGAUUUCUACCACUCUAAUUGCUCCUUCCUCUCCCUCCUCGGCCGCGUUCGCCUCUCCCCCCACGGUGUCAACGUCACUGUUGGCGGGAGAUUGUUGGCAUUGAAGAAGCAUAUUGAGGCAGUGAAAUCUAAUGCCUUGUUUGAAGGAACGGAUUUCAAGCUUGCGUCUUGCUUUGAGCCGGUGAAUGAUCAAGUUGCUAGAGAAUGUGGAUUCACUUCAUUGUCUAUCCGGAUUGUCAAGGAAUUGGUGACUUUAAGUUCUCAUCCCCUGUUGACGUCUCCUGAUAUUUCAAAUGCUGGGAAGCAUCUCUCUGCAGCUGAAUUUCAUUCUGUACUUCAAAAUGCAGGGAAGUGUGAAGAGGAGACUUCUUGUUCUGACAAAAAAUUGAUACUGUUAGAUGCGCGGAACUUGUAUGAGACAAGAAUAGGGAAAUUUGAUAAUGCAGAUGUCCAAACCCUGGAUCCAGAGAUCAGGCAGUACAGCGACCUACCUUACUGGAUAGACAACAAUUCUGAUAAAUUGCGAGGGAACAAUAUCCUUAUGUAUUGUACUGGAGGAAUUAGAUGCGAGAUGGCAUCAGCAUAUAUCAGAUCAAAAGGUCCUGGCUUUGAAAAUGUUUAUCAGUUAUAUGGUGGAAUUCAAAGAUAUAUGGAACAAUUUCCUGAUGGAGGAUUUUUCAAGGGAAAAAAUUUUGUUUUUGACCAUCGUGUUUCGGUUGGGAGCUCAAAUACUAGCAUCUUGGGAGCUUGCCUUCUCUGUGGUGUGUCUUUUGAUGACUACACUUCUCGCUGUCGGUGUACCCACUGUAGGAUGCUUGUGUUGAUAUGUGAUAGUUGUCAGGAAAAGAAUUCUUCCUAUGUUUGUGAAUUAUGCCAGAAACAUGACAAGCCUAUCCCUCCAAUUUCUGACCCAGAUGAUGUGUCUGAAAAUGCAUCAGAACCUCACGAUCAAAGUUUAAGCAAGCUUCAAGUGACCGAAGGACAAUGUACUGCCACAACCAAGUCAAUGAAAAAGCUUCGAAUUUUAUGCUUGCAUGGCUUCCGGCAGAAUGCUUCCAGUUUCAAAGGAAGAACAGCAUCACUCGCCAAGAAACUCAAGAACAUUGCAGAACUCGUGUUCGUGGAUGCCCCACACCAAUUACCUUUCAUUUACCAACCUCCCCCGGCCGAUGCAAAAUCCACCUCACCACAACCGCCUCCAUCCUCCGCCCAAUGCAAUAAAAAGUUUGCCUGGCUGGUUGCCUCUGAACACGACAUAGAUCUUGACAACAGAUGGAAAGCCGCUGAAACUCCAUUCGACUCUCUGCAAUAUCAGCAACAAACUGAGGGGUUCCAAAAGUCCAUCGAAUACUUGAAAACUGUAUUUUCUCAAUUAGGGCCCUUUGAUGGGAUACUCGGAUUCUCUCAGGGUGCUGCCAUGGCUGCUUUAGUUAGUGCAGGCGUGGAGAAGCUCGGGGAUUUUAGGUUUAUAAUUUUGUGCUCGGGUUUUGCAGUUGACAUGGCAGGACAUGCUGAUGGGUCGAUUGAUUGCCCGUCGCUUCACAUUUUUGGAAGCAAAGAGGGUCGAGACAGGCAGAUCGAUUGCCAGGCUAGUCAACAGCUGGCUGCCUUGUUCCGGGAGGACAGUCGGGUGAUUAUCGAACACAAUGUCGGUCAUAUGAUUCCGACGAGAGCUCCAUACAUUGAUGAGAUCAAAGAUUUUUUAAAGCAAUUCCUGUAAUUUAUAUUUGGAUCAACUGCUAGAUUCAGGGUGUGAUAUUAGUUGUUUGAUUUGAUUAACUGUGAGAAUAGCCUAAAUUGAUUCAUGGUGUAAUAUUAGUGGUUUUGGAGGAUUA